AUGCCUUUUUCUUCUUACACUCGCUUGGCGCUUGCUUCGGCUGGUUUAGCUGCUAUCGUGAGUGCACAAUCGGACCCUUGUGCGGUGUGCGACGAUGUGCAUUUCUUUCUGGCUCGAGGCAACAAUGAGCCAUACCCUGGGCGACAAGCGGCCUUGGUAGAGGCGACUUGCGAUGGUCUGGCAAGUUGUGGUUACGAGAACUUGUACUUCUCAGCACUUUACACGGAUCUGUACUGCCAGACUGCAUACGAUGGUGCUGUCGCAGGCCAUGUGCAAAUGACUGCGUAUGCAGAGAAAUGUCCGGACUCGAAGAUCAUUCUGGCCGGAUACUCGCAAGGCGGUCAGAUAGCUUCUGAUAUUCUUGGUGGUGGUGGCGGGUACUCAUUCAAUGGCUGCUAUCAGCCUGAGACACCAGCUAUGGACUCAACCACAAGUCCUGGCAACAAGGUCGCCGCUGUGAUGAUCUUCGGCGACACUCGCCACACAGCAAACAUGACUUACAACUACGGCAACGGUUCUGCCCUCGACGGUUGGUUCCCACGCGACUCGACACAAGUCGCCAAGCUCCAACCAUACGCAAACAUCAUGCGCAACUGGUGUGUGUCCAGUGACCCGAUCUGUGCCGCCAACCAGACCUCAUACAGCGAGACGAGUCACUUGAGCUACUACAAUAUCGACUCCCAAGAAGCCGCAUCAUUCAUCAGAUCCGUCGCUUCACUAACAGAAACCGACACCGCAUUUUCGACGGCAAUUCCGACUAGCUUGUCUGGCAUCGUACAGAACUACGCCACAGUCGGCACAGCUACGCCAUCUGGAUCCGUUUCUACAGACGCUACGUGGACGAGCUCGACGUCUUACGCCGCUUGCACAGCAACCUCGUACUCACAAGCUGUUGCCACCACAAACACCACCAUCAGCAGCACCAUGUCUUCGACAUUUUCUGCUACUGGUGGGACAGUGACGGCUUCAGUCGCCAGCAACUUUCCAGUCACUGCGUCCAGUGGCGUGAACGCCGUAGCAAGCGCUAGCACAAGUGCAACCGCUUCUAGCAAGGGAAGCUCGAGCGCCGCUGCAGUAAGUGUGGUCGCUGACUGCCUUCGGAUCACCCUCUUUGCUGGCAUGGGUUUGACCUUGGCUUUUGUACUAUAA